AUGGCUACGACAGAAGGAGUAGAAAAGUCGGUCACAAAGGAUAAAUGCAAUGUGACUAAUUACAAAGGGCCAAAGAAAGAUUCAAAAGAGAAGAAAGCUAAGCUGCAGGAUGCAAAUCAGGCAGCUAUGAGCACAAGUCAAGGAGGUCGAAUAUGGUUGGUAUGGAAGGAUUCAGUGCGUAUGACGCCGGUCUAUAAAACGGACCAGCUAAUUACGUGUUCAGUUGCAUUUCAAGAUGAAGAAGAGUUCUUCUGCACUUUUGUAUAUGCGAGUAAUCAGAGAGAAGAGAGAAAGGUGCUGUGGGAAGACUUAUGCCGUCAUCACAACUCUCCUCUCUUUCAACAAAAGGCAUGGUUGAUAAUGGGAGACUUUAACGAAAUACUAGAAGGUGAAGAGCACUCGGAGUUCUCAAGUUUAGCGAGAGCACCUAAUGGCAUGAGGGACUUUCAAAAGACGGUUCUCCAUUGUCACCUCACGGAUAUGGGUUAUAAAGGUCCACUUUUUACUUGGUGCAACAAAAGAGAGGAAGGGCUGAUCUGCAAAAAGUUGGAUAGGGUAUUGAUGAAUGAUGAAGCGCUAAUAAAAUUCACCAAUACUUAUUCAGUAUUUGAGCCGGGGGAUUGUUCUGACCACAUGAGAUGCAAGAUCCAACUGCUUCAACCAGAGGAGAAAAUAAGGAGGCCGUUUAAGUAUAUUAAUGCUAUAGGAAAGCUACCAAACUUUCUACCUAUGGUGAAAGAGUAUUGGGACUCUACUGCGAUACUAUUUCACUCCACCUCAACCAUGUUUCGCUUCUCCAAAAAGCUUAAAAACCUGAAGCCGUUGAUUCGAGAAUUGGGAAGAGACAAGCUUGGGAACCUUACUAAAAGAGCUCAUGAAGCACAUGCUCUUCUUUGUGAAAAGCAGAAGUUAACUCUCAUCAGCCCGACUACGGUAGCAAUCCAGGAGGAAGCCGAGGCUUAUGAUAAGUGGUUACACGUCACAGGGCUGGGAAAAGAAUUUCUACAGCAGAGAGCUAAGCUUCACUGGCUGGAAAUUCCAGCAAGUUAUCAAGGAGCUCUGGUGGAAGAGCUAAAGGAUCUGCUGGACUUUGAGUGUUCUUCUGUGGACUGUCAGGCAUUGGAAGCUGAAGUUACAGAAGAGGAGAUAAUGAAGUCGGUUUUCAAGUUCGGUUUCCUUCCUAAAGGUAUAAACUCGACCAUCCUCGAUCUUAUCCCGAAGAAGGCUGAUUCCAUGGAGAUGAGAGAAUACCGCCCUAUCUCUUGCUGCAACGUUCUGUAUAAGGUGGUCUCAAAAAUCCUCGCGAACCGUCUGAAGCAAAUCUUGCCAAGGAUAAUAUCUGAGAACCAGUCAGCAUUUGUAAAAGGUCGUAUGCUAAUGGAAAAUGUUAUUUUGGCGUCUGAAUUGGUUAAAGACUACCACAAAGAAUCGAUCUCCCCAAGAUGUGUGAUGACGAUAGAUAUUUCAAAGGCUUUCGACUCGGUUCAGUGGUCCUUUUUAGUGAACAGUUUGAAGGCUUUGGGAUUUCCAGAGAAGUUCAUCCAUUGGAUAAAACUGUGCAUCACAACCCCUUCGUUCUCGGUCCAAGUUAAUGGUGAUCUAGCGGGUUACUUUCAAAGCGCAAGAGGUUUGAGACAGGGCUGCUCUCUCUCUCCCUAUCUAUUUGUUAUGUGUAUGAAUGUGCUGACCCUGAAGAUAGAUCAAGCCGCGCAGGAGAAGAAGUUCCGGCUUCACCCAAGGUGUCAAGCUCUGUCUCUGACUUAUCUCUUCUUUGCAGAUGACUUAAUGGUUUUUGUUGAGGGCUCAAAAGAAUCAAUUGAAGGGGCGCUCACGGUCUUUGAUGAGUUUGAAGUAUAG